GAAAAUUCUUUGGUUUAUAAUUGCCUGAGCUGAGACUCGAGGUUCCUCUGUUUCGUCCCCAGGCUUGAACUGAAAACAGGUUGUGAUUGUAAUUUGUAAAGAAACAUGCUGAAGUCCAUAGUGGGUUGCUGCAAGGUGUACAUAUCAGAGAGCAGAAACAGAACUGCAUUGGAAUCAAUAGAACGAGCUUCCAAGCUCUUCCCUUUGGCUCCAAUAAUCAACAAGUUCGAGGAUGUGACCUACAACAGAGUUGGUUACACCCUUGUCUCUGAAUUGGGUCAUUCAGGGCCAUGCCACUUGGCAAAUUCUGUGUUGGCAAUGGUGAAGGCUGCAUUUGACACCAUUGACUUUGAGGUGCACUCUGGAACUCAUCCUCGACUUGGUGUUGUGGACCACAUUUGUUUUCACCCCUUGCUUGAUGCUUCCUUGGAUCAAGCAGCUAACGCUGCUAGGUGUUUAGCCACAGACAUGGGUUCUACUCUGCAAGUUCCCACUUAUCUAUAUGGAGCAGCACAUGAAGAGGGGAGGACACUUGACUCAAUCAGAAGAAUAUUUGGUUAUUUUAAACCGAAUUCCAGCGAAAACCAGUGGAUUGGGGGGCUGAAAUCAGACACUUUGCCACUGAAUCCUGAUAGUGGUCCAUCUCAAGUUACUCCAGCAAAAGGUGUUGUGGUCAUUGGAGCAACCAAUUGGGUUGAUAACUACAAUGUCCCUCUAUUAUCUUCUGAUAUUAGCGCUGUUCAGAGAAUUGCAAAACGGGUUAGUGGAAGAGGUGGUGGACUUCCUUCUGUGCAGGCCAUGGCACUUGCACAUGGUGAAGGUGUCAUUGAGGUAGCUUGUAAUUUGUUGGAUCCAAAUAAAGUUGGUGGUGAAAGAGUACAACAAGAGGUUGAGAACCUGGCAAGGGAAGAAGGUAUUUCUGUGGAGAGGGGAUACUACACAGACUUUUCACAGGAUCAAAUCAUUUCAAGUUACUUGGAGUUCUUUGAAGAGAAAAUUUGAGGUCAUACUGUCAUAGUGCCUUGGUUUACUGCAUAUAGAAUUAUUCUCAGCGGGGAAAUUUACUUUCUCGUGCACUAUCUGCUAGUGAAUUUUCCUUCUCAAGGCAAAGUUAAUUUGGCAUUUCCUUGAAAUUAAGCUGGAAAAAAAAUCCAAGGAUGAAUUUUUCAUGUAAGGGGUCAUUCUUAAAUUUUUACAUUCGUUUUCAAGAGAUUAAACUGACCCUAAUAGAUGUCAUUCUAGCUUCUGACUUGCCUCCCAGUUCUGCUUAUCCUUCUAAUGAACAAUGUUCUGUAUAUUUUAGUUUGGUGGUUUACAUGCAACAUCUUAAAGUUUUCUUUAAUGGGAAAUAGUAUGAGAAACAACGGGAGUGGGCCGUGGUGGGUUUGAACUUUAAA